AUGUGGCCAUUUUAUGCUAAUCCAAGCCAUCCUUAUGCUGAGGUUUAUCAUGAACGAUGUGAUCGCAAAUCGUUUGUGAGUGAUCCGUUGAAAAUGGCCGUUUCACCAAAUGGUAAAAUCGUAUUCGUGAUUGGUGGACGAAAGAUUCGUAUGAUAAGCGAAGGUGCACACCCGGAGUGGACAGUCUCGUUUGAUAUGAACAUAAUUGAUACUGAAAUGGAAUUGAGACGAACCGUGCAAGUGUUUGAUCUUUGUGAUUUCGGUGAAUACUUAAUAUACGUCUAUGCACUGGAUUCCACCACAUUGGUCAUACUCGAUUAUAAUUCAUCGCAAAAAACAUUGCGACAAAGACUUCUCCAGGUAUUUACACGUCUCAUUCACUCAUCCGAAUCAGCAUUCUCACCAAUGCAUCGAUGUUAUCGCUAUACAACUUCACAAACGUCCUAUAUUAAAGUUGCUCUCGGCGAUCGCUAUUGUGCAGUCGUAAGCCGUGAGCGUUUUGAGGGUGAUUUCAUUUCACUGUUGCUCCCGAAAGAUCCACGAAUCUUGCUGUCGUCAAUACCGAUUCCUCUGAAUAUCGGAUCACAACUUACUGAGUUGCAGAUGAACGAUCAACUAUCGCAGGCACUCGAACUAAAUAUCACUCAUUACAUAUCACCGUUUUUCAUGCGCAACGAUCAAGAUCUUUGUUUCUUAACAGUCAAUAGGAUAACGUUGACUAUCGAUCCAAAAGUUAUUUCAUGCUUAAAUAUCAAGUAA